ACAGAGUGAUGUCCAGGUCCUCCCACUGACGCAGCCAUCGCGGUAUUUGCCAGCUAGUGUAUUUUAUAGCCUACUGACUGAUUCUUAGUAGCAAUAAAAUAUAAUAACGUGAUAUACGGAAGCCAAAGAGUGGAACAGUUCUGCGUCGCUGUCGAACAGUUAACAUGGCCACUAGCGCUAAGAAGCCGUCCCUAGGGGCCGUUACCCAGCGUAAGAAGACCAGUCCCAAGCCAGAGCUCACGGAGGAGCUGCGGCAGGAGAUCCGAGAGGCCUUCGAGCUCUUCGACACGGACGGCUCCGGGCACAUUGACGUUAAGGAGCUGAAGGUUGCCAUGCGAGCACUGGGGUUCGAGCCCAAGAAAGAAGAGAUAAAGAGAAUGAUCAGCGAGGUUGAUAAAGAGGGCACUGGGAAGAUUGACUUCAAUGACUUCUUGUCUGUUAUGACGCAGAAAAUGGCAGAGAAGGACUCCAAGGAGGAGAUCCUCAAAGCGUUCCGCCUCUUUGACGACGACGAGACGGGAAAGAUCUCCUUCCGAAACCUGAAGCGGGUGGCCAAAGAGCUGGGAGAGAACCUAACGGACGAGGAGCUGCAGGAGAUGAUUGACGAGGCUGACAGAGACGGGGACGGGGAGGUGAGCCAGCCAGAGUUCCUGCGCAUUAUGAAGAAGACCAGCUUGUACUGAGGGGUGGACUGGGCCUCAGUGGAUUGGAGGGGGGUUCUCCUGAUGACUCUACAUGCCCACUUUUCUGUAGGCCAAAUAACAGAUCUUUUCACGACAUCUCACCAGUAUAUUCAGGGUCAGUUACAGUCCAAGGUUAUGCUAUAGUGGUCUGACACUUUCAUUGCUUCCCCUCAACAACUGUACACUUCAUGUGGCACCGUGAGGGACUGUUCAACAAAAACCGAAUAAAGAGUUAACUCUGCGAUGCGCUUCAGCACUGCCAGUUGGUUUAGAGUGCAGCCCUUGUCAUUCUGUUAGACAUGAGGCUUCAGCAGAGUUUGAAUGCCUGUUAUGACGAAUGAAAAAGUAUGAUUUUAUCACCAGGCACUACGCGUACGUCUAGACAGUGAGCUCCAUAAUGUUUG